AUUACUUUAUUUGAAUCACCGAACUUCUAACUCAAUUUUCUUACCAUUUCGAGGACACCAGAAUAAAAAGCUCUAUCCCACAUCGGCGCAAAGUGGCGAGGUAAUCGACUAUAUAUAAUCUUGGGAGAGGAGAAAGAACACGACCUUAUUUGAACAGGAUCUGUUCUAUAGAUGAUCGGUUGGUGAACCACGACCAUGUAACCAGAGCGUGAUUAACAGAAUUUCUCAUGGCCCCGGCCAUGUCAUCGGUAGAUGAUCGUUGCCUGCCCAUCUGAUGGGUCUUGGCAUGGCUACAUGGUUGUCUGACAGACAAUUUAAUCUUUUUUUUGUGCUAAGAGACGCAUAGCCACUGUUCGAUGAAAUGCCUGAAAGAGAUUAUGUGUAGAUACAUAUUUUUGGGAUGAUUUGUUUCCGGAGUAUGUCUAUUAAGAUCUGUUGUGUAUUGAGUUUUUAAAGUUGUGUGACUCCCUUUCUUAGUCCAUUUCUCUUGCUGCAAAAAAGGUGUCUAAAAGUAAUAUUGUAAUUGAUGGGCUUCUAUUAAGAAAAUUUCUCCAGGCAUUGAAUGAUGACAAAAUUGAUCAUUAUUUUUAGUAAUCUAAUUUUUAAUUAUAUAUAAUAUUAUUUCAACCAGAUAUUGACCAUCUAAUUUGCAGGUUCGCAUCAUGAUGCUGAUAGGUCUGACCAAAUUAGUUGACUUUUGAUCCUAUUCAAUGUUCUAGACCAAAGAACACUGACCAGGGUUUUAACAUAAUCAAUGUCAACAUUUUCAUGGCGGCGUAACUUAGAAUUAAAUGUCAACUAAUGAGCUGUCAUGAAAUCCUAUAUACUCCUAUUUGUUUAUGUUCUUGUUUUGACAGGAGUCACUUUUCUUUCUUUAUGAUCACCUUCUAAAACUGUUACUGGGUCAUCCUCCAAGAGCUGCAGGAAACUUAAAACUUAUGUUGUAAUGGCAAAUUGCAGGUUAUUUCCACUUCUGAUACUGCUGUUGCUUAGCUUUCAAAGCCUUUUAACAGCACAUGAAGAUCCAUCUUACAAGGACAUACAGGUGGGAGUGAUUCUUGACAUGGAAUCAGGGGCAGGGAAGGUCAUUUAUCAUUGCAUUACCAUGGCUAUCUCUGACUUUUACGCAGCCAAUCCUGACUGCAAAACAAGAAUAGUUUUUAUGACCAGCGAUACCAAAGGAGAACCACUACAUGCCGUGUCUGCUGCUCUGGAUCUUUUGGAGAACACUCAAGUGCAAGCGAUAAUAGGGCCAGAGUCAACAGCCCAAGCAAGAUUCUUGGAGGUUUUGGGAGACAAAGCUAACAUACCCAUUCUUUCCUUGUCAACAACUCCCUUUUCAAAUAGGAAUCCUAAUCUUCUUGGAAUUGCACAGGAUGAAACCAGUCAGUUCAAAGGCAUUGCUGCCAUGGUUGAAUUGUUUAAAGCAAAGAAUGUGAUUGUUAUCUGCGAGGACACUGCAAAUGGGAGAGAAAUGGCUACUUAUAUGGCUAGAGAGUUUCAAGAGAAAAACAUACACGUUACGUAUACUAGCCUAAUUUCAACAUCUGACAGCAACCAACAAGUCCGGGAAGAGCUUCAUAAGCUUCAAACUAUGCAAGACACGGUGUUUAUAGUGCAUACACCACCUUCUCUAGCAUCCAAUCUUUUCUCCAUGGCAAAAGAGCUGGGAAUGAUGGGUGAAGGAUACAUGUGGAUUGUAACAAGUAAGACUAUGGACUUGUUGGGUUCCAUGGAUGCUGAAGCAAUCGAAUCAAUGCAGGGGGCUGUGGGUUUCAGAUCAUAUUUUCCAUCAUCAAAGGAGCUUCACAACUUUUUAUUGAAAUGGAGAAAGGAACAUGAUGCUUUGGACCCAUUUAUGGAGGUAGAUUCCAAUGGUAUAUGGGCAUAUGAUGCAGUUUACGCACUAGCCAUGGCUGUUGAGAGGGUACAAACUACAUCACUUUUGGAUGAGAUGUUAAGAUUCAAGUUCCAUGGUUUAGGUGGUGAAUUCAAGUUUAUGAAUGGGAGAAGCAUCUCUAAACCCAUGGAAGUUGUAAAUGUGAUUGGCAAGGGUGAUCGGAGCAUAGGGUUCUGGAUGAUGGAUACUGGUGAGUUUGUGAAAGAAAUUGAAAAACUGAAUUCCUCUUCCAAUCAAGGCCUGGAAAGUAUCAUGUGGCCGGGUGGGACCACAACCCUUAAUCCAAAGCGCAGGAUGCUACAAACAAAUGGCAAUAAGAAACUGAGAAUUCUGUUUCCAGGGUCCAGCAGAUUCCAGAAUAUAGCACAAAUAAGUGUUGAUCCAAGAACAAAUCUAUCGGUUGUGAGUGGGUUCUGUGGGGAUGUCUUCAAUGCAGCGUUUAACUCCUUAGACUAUGGAGUUGGUGUUGAGGUUGUUCCAUUCUCUUCUAAGGACGGAAUUACUUACAAUGAUGUGAUCCAAAAAAUCUAUCUUAAGGAAUUUGAUGCUGCUAUCGGUGAUUUUACGAUCACAGCAAAUAGAUCUCUCUAUGUCGACUUCACAUUGCCCUUCACUGAUCUUGGAGUUGGCAUAAUAUCCCGAAACGCCAAGGACAGCAUGUGGAUUUUCUUAGAUCCUCUCAGCGCAAAUCUUUGGAUCACAACUGCUUUUUUCUUUAUCUUUUUAGGGCUUGUGAUUUGGUUUAUCGAACAUCGUACAAAUGAAGAAUUUCAAGGUUCAGCACCACAGCAACUGGGAACAACCCUCUGGUUUGCCUUUUCAACCCUCGUUUAUGCUCACAGGGAGAAGCUGCAAAGUAAUCUAUCAAGAUUCGUGGUUACUGUUUGGGUGUUCAUAGUGCUUGUGCUCACGUCAAGUUACACUGCAACUUUGAGUUCACUUUUAACUGUACAACAGAUUGGAAUGAAGGAGAUGUCUAUCGGCUUCCAGGGUCUUUCGCCUGUAGGAGUUGUGUAUAAUAAAUUGAAUGUUGUUGAGGCCUGGUCAGAGAAACUAUAUGCACCUGAGGAUUAUGCUAAAGCAUUAACAACUGGAAGAUUUGAUGCCAUUGUUGCUGAGAUCCUUUACAUGAAAACAUUUCUUGCAAUGUAUUCGGGUGCUGAUUUCUCCUUGAUUGCAACAGCACCCACCACCAAUGGCUUCGGCUUUGCGUUCCAGAAAGGUUCACCUUUGGCCAGAGAGAUGUCGACUCAGAUAGCCAAAAUGUGUGAAGAUGGGACACUGAAAGCAUUAGAGGAUAAAUGGUUGAAACGUGAAUCUGCAUUGAUCUCAAAGGAUUUUUCUUCCCCUACACCGAAGCUCUUGAAUCUUUAUGGGCUUCGGGGUCUCUUUCUUAUCAGUGGUGUGUCGAUGGUAUCAGCCCUUUUGGUGUCCAUUAUUUGUCUUGUUCGUGAAAAAUGGCGUAUGAAAGAUAAGAUGAAGAUAUGGAGGUGCGUCUUACAUAGAUCUUCAGAAAUACAUGCACACGAAAGUGAUGUGGAAUCAACAGUGUGACUUUUCUGUAAUGAUAAAUACGAAUAACUUUACCUAACAUCUUGUUUCUAUGUAAGAAUCAAAAUUUGUGUCAAAUGUAUAUAUAGUUCUGAUUUGUAUAUUUGAACUUGGAUUGUUACUUA